AUGCAACCUUUCAACAAAUACUAUCCGUCCGAUUGGGAUCCCAGUAAGGGGUCAGUAAACAAAUUUGUUGGAAAACACCCUCUCGGUGACAGAGCGCGAAAGAUCGACCAAGGGAUACUAAUAGUCAGAUUUGAACUACCUUAUAAUAUCUGGUGUAAUGGAUGCGGAAAACACGUCGGAAAAGGUGUUAGAUAUAAUGCCGAAAAGAAGAGGAUCGGAAACUAUUAUAGCACGCCGAUAUGGAGCUUUCGUAUGAAAUGCCAUUUGUGUGAUAAUUGGAUCGAGAUUCAGACCGAUCCAAAGAAUGCACAAUAUGUUGUUGUAGGUGGCGCUCGUCAGAAAGUAGAAACCUGGGAGCCUGAGGAUACUGAAACUAUACGAUUGAAAGAUGAGGAAGAACAACGGAGAUUAGCAGAAGAUGCUCUCUUUAAACUUGAGCAUACGGUUAAAGAUGAACGAAAAGCUGCAGAGAGUGCUACCGUCUUGGAAAGGUUACAGAUGCUAAAUGAGAAACAAUGGGCAGAUCCUUAUACACAUUCACAGAAAAUGCGCAAAAAAUUUAGGGAAGAGAAAAAGACACUCCACCUCACAAAAUUAAAAGAUGAUGAAAUAUUAACACGAAACGGACUUUCGAUUCCAUUAUUGCCCGAAUCUCCUGAAGAUGAUUUUAUGGCAAAAACGACAGAUUUUUCGGAUAAAGUUUUGGAACAGGCGAAGAAGCGCAAAUUGGAGGUUUCCGCGUCGUCUAUAUUCAAAAGACACAGUUCGUCCAAGUCGAAAAAGGUGUCUUCAUCCUCCGCUUUACGACAGCAACUUGAUAAGAUUAACAAUGAUAAAGUCGCUCAGUUAUCAGCCAUCGUCAAAAUCAACACAAAAUUAAAGACGGAUCCUUUUUUAAAAGGCACAAAUGAUUGGAGCAAUGGAGAUGGAAACGGCGUAGUCACUAUCAAAGACAAAAGUGGCGGCGGAGGAUCUCAAAUUGUGGCAGUCAAGAAAAAAAAUUUGCGACAAUCCAGUGAUAAUAACGACACAGACAAUCACCAUCACAAUAAUGAGAAUAAUACCAACGAUAACGGAAAUAACAAGGAGUAUGACAAGCCACCAAUUAAAGUGUUAUCACUUGUGAGCUCGGAAUAUGACGAAGACGAUUAA